UGAUCUCUCUGACUUCAGAUUCCCUGUCAGCCUUUCACAGUUCGUCCCGUCUCUCAGAAACUCGAAGCGAAAAUUAAACCCUAACCCUAGAUUGGCAAUGGCCAGCGAAUCCCAUGAUAAACACCGGAGGUCUUCAUCGUUGGAAGACGAUGCCGAGAGGUCCUCUAAGCGCCACAAGCAUCGUCACCACCGGCAUCACCACCGCAGCAAGAAACGCGAAGAGGAAACCAAACGUGAGGGUGACGAUAUCAAUCGCGCUUCUCCUUCUCCUCCUCCAGUGGCUAUUAGUAACUUUCGCCCCGAUGACGAUGUGGAGGAGGGUGAGAUUCUUGAAGAGGAGGGUUUCGGUUUCGGUGGUGGCGAGCAGGAGAUUGCGGAAAGGAAAUCUGAGUCGGACGAAGAGUCUCGGAAAAAUGUAACCUCUGGUGUUCACUCUCAAUCGGAUCAACGAAAUUUGGGACAUCGUGCUAAGCAUGGCUCGUCUGAUCAUGAAGUUGGUGUACUCGAAGAAGACAUUCAAGGGAACAAGGGUAGAAAUAGGAAGACACUGGAGGACGACAAGAAUGAAGAAGAUUUGUUGACUGAUUUCAAAUUAGACAAGGAAGACAAAGCUUAUAGCUGUAGUGGUGUUGGUACUGAGAUUGGCAAUGAGGUUUCUUUUCCAAGAAAUUCAAGUGUUGAGCCUCAAUAUGGCUCAAGGGGCCAAGUCAAUGGAAUUUUGGGUCACAAAGAUGAAAAGAUGCGGCCGAGGGAGUCUGGGUCCCCUUCUAAAGGAAUUGGCAAGGGAAAUACUUAUUAUGAUGAUGAAAAGGUCGAGGUUUAUAGAAGCAAGUUAAGCAUUCGGGGAAACUCGUCCUCUCAAAGCAUAGGGGACCAUGAGGAAAUUCGUACUAGGAGCAGAUCUAGGUCAAUUUAUCAUGCUAGGGAGAGAUCUCGUUCCCGUAGCAUAAGAGAAGAGGAGGAGGCUCAUUCAAAAAAAGAACGUUACUAUGAGAAUGGUGCCUCAUUAUCUACUGAUAAAGGUAAGUUUGUGUAUGCCUCUGAUGAUGAAAGGAUGACUCGGCAAAGUAAGGACAGAUGGCAUUAUAGGAGAGAUGUAGUCAGGGAUGUGGAAAGGGAACGUAGUCCUAGUUACAAUAGGUAUAUUGGAGAGGACAGGCUUAGGAUUCGGGGUACACAAGGGAGAGAGAGGAGUAGGGAUGGGGAGAUGCACAGGGAAUUGAGGAAGGAAAAGGAACGGGAGAGGAUCAGAAACAGUGAGAUGGAUAGGGCUCAAAGGAGGGAGAAAGAACGGGAAAGGAGUAGGGAUAGGGAUAGGGAUAGGGAUAGGGAUAGGGAAAGGCGGAUAGAACGAGAUAGAAGCAGGGAAAGAGAGGUGGACAGGGAUAGAAGGGAGAAGGAAAGGGAUAGGAGCAAAGCUAGUGAGAGAGACAGAGUUAAAGACACAGAAAGGGAGAAGGAUAGGGACAAAGUUCGGGAGGAGAGGGAGAAUGAUAGGGAGAGGCAAAAUGACAGAAAUAGGAAUAAGGAUAGGAGCAUUAUGAGGGAUAAGGAGAAGUAUGAAUUUCUUGAGGAUGGCUAUGAGAAUGGAGAUAGAUAUAAACAUUCUAGACAUUCGAGACAUGAUGAAAAGUAUUACGACCAGGACAAAACGAAAAAAGCGCAUUCAACAAAGGUUCCUGGUUCUAGGAGUAAUUCAUUGGAAGGAAAUAGAGACAAACUGAGGAGAGAUGAUGAUGAACAAGGAGACUACGAAGAAGGGAUUGCAUUGCAGUUUGGUGAGCAGGAAGAGGAGGAUCUCAACAGAAUCAAGGAGGAGAGUAGAAGGCGACGACAAGCCAUCCUUGAAAAAUAUAAGAGUCAACCACGAUCAGAAAAUAUAGAGAAAGAUAAGGAGCCUGCACAUGAUCCUGAUCAAUCAGUAGCUGCUACUGAUGUUGUUCCAGAAGUUGGUGAUGGUAGGAGUGAUGGUUUAGAUGUCUCUGUCAAUGAACCAUCAUUUUCUGUUGGGAAAUCACCUCCAAAUGGGGUUGCUGCUUUGGAGAAGACUAUCGGUGCUGGGGGCCUUGGAGAGGGCACUCCGAAGAGUGAGAGUUCAGAUGACAAGUUCUGUGAUGAUAUUUUUGGUGAGACACCAACAGGAGUUCGCAAAUUGUUUUGUUCUGUGCAGUGCAAAGGAGAUGGUUUACAAAUUGAAAGGAGUGGUCUUCGUGACAAUUGGGAUGAUGCAGAGGGUUAUUAUGGCUACCGGUUUGGUGAAAUACUUGAUGGCCGAUAUGAAGUUACUGCUGCUCAUGGCAAAGGUGUAUUUUCUACUGUAGUUCGCGCAAAGAAUCUAAAGGCUGGUAAUGGUGAACCAGAGGAAGUGGCAAUAAAAAUUAUACGCAGUAAUGAUACAAUGUACAAGGCUGGUUUGGAGGAGCUAGUCAUAUUAAAGAAACUAGUAGGUGCAGAUCCAGAUGACAAGCGCCAUUGUGUUCGAUUUAUCUCAAGUUUCAAGUACCGGAAUCAUCUUUGCUUAGUUUUUGAAUCUCUUCAUAUGAAUCUGCGUGAGGUUUUAAAGAAGUUUGGGCGCAAUAUUGGCCUUAAGCUAACUGCUGUGAGAGCAUAUGCUAAACAACUAUUUAUUGCCCUGAAGCAUCUGAGAAAUUGUGGUGUUCUUCAUUGUGAUAUAAAACCGGAUAACAUGCUGGUAAAUGAGGCAAAAAAUAUGCUGAAGCUUUGUGACUUUGGCAAUGCUAUGUUUGCUGGUAAAAAUGAAAUUACGCCAUACCUUGUAAGCCGCUUUUAUCGUGCCCCUGAAAUAAUUCUUGGGUUGCCUUAUGAUCAUCCAUUGGAUAUUUGGUCAGUGGGUUGCUGUUUGUAUGAGCUUUAUACGGGAAAGGUUCUUUUUCCAGGUGCUACAAAUAAUGACAUGCUACGCCUUCAAAUGGAAUUGAAGGGCCCUUUCCCAAAGAAGAUGCUCCGCAAGGGAGCAUUUACAGUUCUCCAUUUUGAUCAGGACUUGAAUUUUCAUGCUACAGAAGAUGAUCCUGUUACGAAAAGGACUAUAAAGCGGAUAAUUCUCAAUGUAAAGCCUAAAGAUAUCUCUUCAAUUAUUACAGGCUCUCCUGGUGAGGAUCCGAAGAUGUUAGCCAAUUUUAAAGACCUUUUAGAAAAAAAUUUUGUGUUGGAUCCAGACAAAAGGAUGACAGUGUCACAAGCAUUGACCCAUCCAUUCAUCACUGAACUUCGACACAGUUUUGGCGUGGUUGAAGUCAAAAUGGGGUGAUGUUGGUCUGGAGUUCACUUUGCUGGCGGGUUCUUUCGUGGAUUGUACUGUUUCUAUCGAUGUCCACCACUGCUUUGAGGCAACCCUCCACUGCUUAGAUGCUUAAAAGGCACCCAGGAGAAGGUACCUUGGUUUGUUUAAGGGUGAUAAUUGUGACAGCAUUACAAGUUGAUAUCUUGAUUAUGUUUCAAAUUGUAAAUCCUACACCAUUUGAAAAUAGUUGUUUGAUUUAAACGGAAAUCCUUGAAAAUAUAUAUUUUUAAACAAAUUUAGCUGUGAUGGGAUGCUUGUGGGAGAUAUCUAUUUGUACUUAUAUGUCUAACGUAGUAUUGUAUCAGUAAUCUGAAACGUAUAUAUAUAAUCUGAUUAAUAAAAUUCGCACCUGAAUUUUAAAAUGUGCUAACAAGCUGUGCUACCAGAUUCUUUUUGGAUGUGUGCCAGUGGUCCAGUGAUGUGACAUUUCUAGAAUAGACGUGUCAUAAUUUUUCAGAG